UAAUAGCAGGACUAUACCAAACACCUGGAGGAAAACUAGACAAACAAGACCUCACGGCAUACGACGCUUGUGUUCGAGAAACAAUAGAAGAAACAGGAAUCAAAACACAACCAAUACAAGAAAAAAUUAACAAGUUACAUCAAGAAGUAAAAGAAUUAUGUAAACAACAAAAUGAUAUACAAAAAGAAUUAACUAAUUGGACAACAAAAUCUAUAACAGAAACAAAUAACGAGCAAUGGAAAAGAAUUGUAGAAUCCAUAUCAACAACCAGUAAAAUUAAAGAAAUAAUAUUACAAAACAAACAAUGUUUCAGACAACAUAUUAGCAAAAUAGGAGUAGUAAAGGGAAUAAGUUACAAAAUAGAAAUUAUAAAGGGAGCUGUACCAUAUAAAACACAACCAUAUUCAACAAACAUGAACGCACAAGAUGAAAUUAAAAAACAAACGAUAGAACUAGUAAAAAAUAAAUUACAUGAACGAUCACAAUCAAAAUGGCAAGCAUCAUGCUUGGCCGUAGCAAAAAAAGCAGAUCCAACAUCAAACAAAGUAUCAUGGAGAAUAGUACAAGACUACUCACCACUUAAUAAAGUCACUGUAUCAAUGGAAUAUACAUUUUCAAGCAUAUGA